UAUUGCCAUCUCAGGCUGCAGCUGUUGCAAAGGGAGCCCAUUUACCUUCACUUUCUAAACUAAAUUCUGCCAUGGAAAAAGCAGUUCCACAGCUUGACAUGAAAUUGGAGAAGUUAAACAUCUCUUCCCGUUGUCAGCCCGUUAUUUUUCCGAAUCAUCUUCAAGUACCUGAAUCUUUUAGGAGUGGAUUGACUUUCGGUAGUUUGGAUCCACACUUUGAUCCAAGCAUAAGCUGCGGCAAAGACUCGGUGCCUGUGGAGACUGUUCCAGCUAAUGAUAGAACUUCCAUGGAAACCGGGAGAACUAAUUGCAGCUACCAGGAUGCAUCUUCAGCAGCUCAGGGAGGUGAUUAUCCUGAUAAUUCGCUUUCACACCAGCAUGGAUCUGAAAAUAUAUCACCUUUUGAGGUAUCUGGUGCCUCUCGUGUGUAUGAUCAGUCAAAGCCGGAGGUAUAUGCAGGCUCACAAUUGCCACUGCAGACACCUCUUGAUUAUAGCUUGGGUUUUGUACCACCCGCACUAGGGCCCCAACUUGUACGUAUUGAGGGACCAGAACAGCAGGGUGGGAAUUCUCAAGCUCCUUCAAUGUCUUGCUCUAAUUCAUCUGUGGCUCAACCCAUAGGCCUUGGGCAGAGUUCUGUCACCGUGCCUCCGCACUUGUUUCCUUUAGUCCGGCAACCAUUUCCUCCUAAUUAUAUCCCAUAUAACCCUUAUAUUCCCCAUCUUUACAUGCCACAGAGUGCUCACCAGUUUUUGGGCCCGAGUGGCUUCCCUCAGCAGCCUUCUGCUGCCAACUUUUAUAUGUCACCAUCAGUUACUGCUGCUGGUGUCAAACUACCUCUUCCGUCUCUAUACAAACCAGCAGCUAUUGCUGGAAACCUGAACCUCUUCGGCGUUCCUACUGGAUACAGCUCAUAUGGGUCCUCAAGUGUCUCAUACAGUGCAACUCCAGCUCCGGUUUGUUCAGCUAGCAACGAAGAUCUCACUGCAUCUGAGCAGAAAGAAAAGAACUACUCCAUGCAAAAGCAGAAUGAAGAUUCCCAUUUCAGAACCUCGGCACCUGGACGUGAUCUAUCAAUGCUGCAGGCUAAUUACUUUUACAACUUCCCUCAGGACCAGCAAGUUGCUUUUGCACAAGCACAUUCUGCUAAUAGUUCUUUUCCUGGAAUUAAUCCAUCUCAGACAAUAGCUGUACCAUCAAAUGUUCAGCCCCUGGCCCAGCAACCUCAAACUGUUACCGGAUCAGUGGAAUCUGACCUUCCUACAUCUGGUGCUCGUCAACAACCUCAAGCAAAUAUUAAUUGGAACAACAAAUUGUUGAACAGAAAAAACAUUUAAGAAUAAAGACCAUAACUAUGCUUUCUGUUUGCAUCACUCAAGUAUGCUAUAUAGACAUCACUGAUAGAUCAAAGCCGUCCUCUUCCAAGUGUAUAUAAGAUGUGGCUAGAAACUAGGCACUCUCGGUGAGAUCACAUUGGAAUUUAAAAUUUUCAACCUUUGGAGCUAAAAUAGGGUUUCUUGCUUUUUGAUAGUUAGCGGUUAGCUUUCCUCAAUUCCCUAAUCUUCUCGAGACUGGAGGAGGUUUUUUGAAGUAUGAGUGGAGCAGGUGAAAUAUCUCAAUUGUUUCCAUUGCCUUUCUAGCUUGUAUAUCAAAUUUUGACAAGAAUGAUACUAUUACAUUUUGAAACGCUUGACAUUUGCGCCUCUGUCACUAUAAAGAUAACACAUAUCAGCUAUUCCCCUUUC